UGAUGAAGACAAGGGUUAUCGUGGACAGUGUGUGUUAUUAAAGCCGCGGUCACACGAGACAGGUACAGCACUACAGGCGGACAGGUGCACUCGGCUACUCAGCACGACCAGGAACUCUUGGUUCAGACUGAAUUCUCCAUCAACCGAAAUAUUGUGAAAGAUAAGGAAAGGGAAGAAAGGGGGAAAAGCAGUGUGUGAAAGUUGCCGGGUGAAGCCAGGAACCCUUUAUCAUUCAGCAUUCGGCGGUGGUGUAAAGGUUGGACCAGCCGCUCCGAGAAGGGCGCCAACAUGCCCCGCGGCGCUCAUUCCCCUCGGAAGACUCAAAGCCUCUAUAUCAGCGGCGUCGGUGGAGGCGUCGGCGGCGGGGUGCGCACCGCUUCCCCCGACCUGGUGCUUUCCUCGGCUGCCUCGGCCUCAGAGAUCCCGCCCACCUCCGCCCCGCCCACGCCUCGGGAGCGGCACGGACACGGCGGGGGCAUGGGUGCAGGAGUGGGACGCCCCCAUAGCUUGGCAGGGGACAGCACCACCACACACGCCGCCGCUUACCUCUACUCCUGCAAUCCGCCCUACGCCAGGUACUAUGCCAACACUCCUCCUCCGUGUGUGGGCGUGUUCUCGUGCAAGAUGAAGGAAGGGGAGCGGUCGCCGUCGCCUGUGGGUGCGACGGGGCGACGGGAAAGCUCCACCACCGAUGAGCUGUUCCACUCGCCCCGUCAUGCCGAGGUGGCUCUGCGCCGCAUGGAAGCAUAUUACGCGCGGGGCCAGCUGUGUGACGUCACGCUGGUGGCCGGUAGCCGUAGGAUCAAGGCACAUCGCUUGGUGUUGAGUGCUGCCAGUGACUACUUUGCUGCCAUGUUCACCUCCCCAGUCCUGGAGGCCACCCAGGAGGAAGUUGCCCUCAGGGACAUGGACUCUGAUGCCCUCCUCACCCUCAUCAACUACUGCUAUACUGGCACUCUGGAACUCCAUGAGGACACCGUGGAAGUAGUGUUGUCCACAGCACACCACUUGCUACUGACUGAGGUGGUAGAGGUGUGCUGUGACUUCCUCACCAAACAGUUGCACCCAGCUAAUUGUCUUGGCAUCCAGCUGUUUGCAGAUACCCAAGGCUGCUCUGAACUGCAUCGGCUAGCUUCAAAGUACACUGCGGAGCACUUCCAGGAGGUGAUGCAGCACCAAGAGUUUGUGCAGCUCCCCCCAGAGGAGGCUGCCCACCUGCUGGCCUCAGAGGACCUCAAUGUGCCUUCUGAGGAGCUCAUCUUCCAGGCCCUGAUGGUGUGGCUCAAGUACGACCUGGAGGAACGCACCAAGAACAUGGCAGACCUCCUUAGUCUGGUCAAACUGCCCCUUCUCUCUCCUCAGUUCCUCACAGAUCACAUCGAGACCAAUGCGCUUUUUAAGGAGAAUCGGGAAUGCCAGGAGCUUAUUCUAGAAGCCCUCAAGUACCACCUGCUGCCAGAGCGUCGGUCAGCCCUGCAGUCCCCCCGCACCAAGCCCCGCAAGUCCACAGUGGGGGACAUGUAUGUGGUGGGCGGCAUGGACUCCAAUAAGGGUGGGUGGAGAGGAAGUAUUGCUGCAGGUUCAACAGGCAUUGAGAGGUACAACCUACGGACCAAUAGCUGGACCAGUGUGGGCACCAUGACUGGCCGCCGCCUCCAGUUUGGUGUGGCAGUGCUGGAUGGCAAGCUGCAUGUGGUAGGCGGCAGGGAUGGGCUCAAGACUCUUAACACAGUGGAGGCUUAUGAUCCAGCCACCAACACCUGGACUCAGCUGCCUCCCAUGUCCACCCACAGACACGGCCUGGGAGUGGGGGUGCUGGAAGGGCCCCUGUAUGCAGUAGGAGGUCAUGAUGGCUGGAGUUACCUCAACACAGUGGAGCGUUGGGACCCACAAGCCCGCCAGUGGAGCUACGUGGCCCCCAUGUCCACCUCAAGAUCCACUGUUGGUGUAGCUGUCCUUAACAACAGGCUGUAUGCAGUGGGUGGGCGUGACGGUUCCUCUUGCCUGCGCACAGUGGAAUGCUAUGACCCCCACACUAAUAAAUGGACCCCCUGUGCCCCCAUGGCCAGGCGGAGAGGUGGGGUGGCCGUCGGGGUAGUCAAUGGUUUCCUGUAUGCUGUAGGGGGACAUGAUGCCCCUGCCUCCAACCCUUGUGCUUCCAGAUUUGAUUGUGUGGAGAGGUAUGACCCAGCUACAGACACAUGGACACAGGUGGCUUGUCUCAGUGUGGGCUGUGACAGUGCUGGGGUGAGUCUGUUGGGUGAUCGGCUCUUCUGUGUGGGCGGGUAUGAUGGGCAGACCUACCUCAACCUGGUGCAUGCAUACGACCCUCAGACCAAUGAGUGGACACAGAUGGCACCUCUCAUCAAUGGCCGGGCAGGAGCGUGUGUUGUGGUGGUCAAGAAGGAACACUGACACAGGCUCUACUAAACCAGGUCAUGGGUUAUCCAGGUCAUUGGCUGCCACAUAAUUGGUCUCUCAAUAGAAUGUGGUUGAAAUUUUCCAUGUUGUGUUGUAUUGGGUUGCCAGGUUCUUUCAAUUUGGGUGGUAAAGGUGUCAGCCAGUGCUUAGAUGAGGGAGGACUGGUGACACAAUGAGGGAAACUGAUGGUGCUCGGAAUAGAGUUAACAUUUAGCAAUAAUGUUGUUGUGUGAAUCUCAGAGGACUUGAGGGCUGUGCAAAAUGAGCUUUUAUGAUUAGUGAAUAACGUAAGCCAGAGUGGCACAAAAAGAGUGUGGGGAGUCUGAGGAAAACAGCCAUGAGUACUUUGACUAGGAAGGGAAUGAUGUCAAUAACUGUUGUCUUGCUUUGCUUGUAGGACAUGGGAAUGAUGAAGCUCAAGUUUAGAAAAUCCAUUUUGAAGCCUUAAUGUUAACAUUUUGUGACCUGUUACUCAUUAGUUGAGUUAUGUGACCUGGAUGAUGUGUGUGACCAAGAUCAACCUCAGGUCAUACCCUCUUUCCUCCUGUGAUAAACACUGCUUUGAUGUUUGAUGAAAUUUUGAUAUUUUGAUUAGGUAAAGAAAUGAUUAACUGAGUGGACAGAUUGCACCUUGAUACAAGACAUUUCCUGAGGAUUCCAGUAAAAGUAAGUGUUUGAUAUCCACUCCCAAACUUGGCAAAUUCUUGCCUACUACAAUGGAGAAACUUUUUGGUGAUAACAGCUGAUAGUAAAGGAUACUACAGCUUUAAUGCUAACUCUUGUGAUAACAAACCCUCCUCCUGUUUCUUGGUGUUACUGUAAGGUGUGUAUCUAAUGUUUUGUUAAAGAUGCAAAUGCAAAAUGUUCAAAGGAUGUAAGAAGUGAGUGAGUUUAUGGUGAGAGAGGACUGUCAUUGACUGUACCAACUCAGUGUAUUUAGUGUAUAUUUGUAUAUGUUUAUUUCUUUCCCAAUGACAUGAGUAAUGUGAGUCACUGCUGAGUACACCAUAUGAUAGAGAUAAAUAAAAUCUUGAGAAGUCGAUACAAAUUUAGUAGUUGUUCAUUGUUAAACUGCAGAUAUUCGGUUCCCAUAACAAAACUAACUUAUCAGUUUAAUGAAAUAGUAAUCUUUUAGUGAGUCAUGCCAGGCAUUAAUCUUAGAUCACUGGUGUAUGAUGUAACACUGCUGUGAACAGACCAUUGCUGAGGCAUGGCAGCUUUAUGGUAUCCCUAUGGUAUUUAUGGUAAAAAGCAGCUAUUCAUUGUUUGAAAGAUAGCUUUAAAUAUUUUCCCUUUACUCUAAUUAAUGAUGAAAUUCUGUAAACCAUUCUUUCACAGAACAGUACUUGUGUGUUAGUAUUGACAUUUUAAGCCUCAGAACACUGACCUCAAGAGUUUCAUGAAUUAUUGCAAUGACAGUCCUCUCAUGCUGUUACUGCCACUUCUCUCCACUAGUGACAAUCUUACACUCCAGGGAACACUUGAUGUUGUGCUGGUGAUGACCCUCCACACCCUCCACACCCUCAUCCUUCCUUACACUAAUAUAGAGGAAACAUAAAGUGUGGUCUUUAAGCCUUCUUGUUCAGAAAAAAAAAUUGACAAGUCCCAGAUGAUUGUAUAUAAGUUAUUCUAAGUUACAGGAAAUUAUUUACGCAUACAAGUGCAAGUAGAUUUACAUACUUAUUUGGAAGCAAAUAAGAGAUAAACCUUAAGUGAAAAAGGAAUUGAUCUCAUAGUAUGUUUGGUGGUUUAUAAGCUUUUAGAUGACGGCUGAAGCUGUGUAGUUUUGAGCAACUAAAGUGGUUUGUUGUCAGUAUUCUUGUCCUCUUAGGCCAGGCCGACCAAACCCUACCACUAGUAGUGAGAUGCUGCACUGAAGUGGCUGCCAAUGUAGCUAGAUAGUUGUCACAUCCUUCUGUUGGUACAUUUAUUUUUUUCACAUCAGCAGACUUGUUGUGAACAUUUAACACAUGAUUUUGUAAGGUUUUGCACUUUGAAUAGGUAGUGAGAAAGUAGAUUAGACCUGAUGCCUUAGUAGUGAGGUGCUGUUUCAAGGAUUUGUGUAGUGAUUAAAAGUAAGUUGUAAAGUGGCUGUGGAUUAACUUCAGUGAUUAUGGCAAUAAUUUCUAAAUUUUUGUGAUGCUUGAAUGUGGUUGAAAUAAUAGUGUGUUUUGAAAAGAAAAUUUUGCAGUUGGCAUGUAGAGUUAUAGAUGACAGUAAAACAUUUUAUUCAAUGUAGGCAAUGAUAAAUGGAAUAAUACAUAACCUAAAUAGUAGCUAAAAAGUCUGUUUGUAGUGUUCUAGAAAUUAUUCCAAAAUUAUUGUACUAAAAGAGAUGCAUAACUGUUUUCACGAUUUUGAAAUUUGAAUGAAAUAUUUGCUCUUCCUGAUUAUACACCUUUGACUGGUCUUUAUGAUGCUGGAAUAGCUCCAGUGUUUUUGUGUUCUCCAUGCAUCUCUUCUGUGUGGUGUGCGGUGUUUGAGACAAAGAAAGAAAAUUUUUUUUUUGUAGUUCAUACACUGUAAACAAAAUAUCUUUCAUAUUCAAGCUGUCGUGCAUCCUUAAAGAAGAAAAGUAUUAAGUAUGCUAUUCCUGGACCUAUGCUGAUUCAGCACAUGUUAUUCUGUUGAUGGACCAAAUUUCACUAGCAGUUCAAUUUAUGCACAAUAAUGUGAAGCUGUAUAGCUCCCACCAAAGAGAAGCAUCAGUAUAGCACCACACAUCCAGCACACAGCCUGAGUUCACACCACUGUCACUGAGUGUCACUGGGAGCAAUGUGUUGUGUGGAUUUGUGGUCAAUGUGUGUAUUUCUGUGCAGAAGACUUAUACUUACACUGUGCUCAUUAGGGUGUUGUGUUAAUUAUGGUACCAAAACAUACAGUAUUUGAUUUCAGUGUCCAGGUCCCUGAAUAUAAUGGAAGAGUGUGUGUUGACUGUGCAGUUAAAAUGUUUUGAUAUUCGGUGUGGAAUGUGUGAAUGAAUUUUCUAUGGUGUGAAUUGAGAAAUUUCUCUGCAUCUACAGACUUAUUGCCAAUUAAGUUUUUUAUAUAAAACUCCUUGAAAAUAUUGCAUUCUUGAAAAUACAAUAAUAUAUAGAGUACAACUAUAUGAAAUUAAGAAUAAAAUAUUAGUGAAAUAUUAUUUACAAGUUAGCAUUACUAAAUAUUUCAAAAUUAUUCUUGAUUUGAUUUCUUAGACACUUUUCCAAGUUUUCCUCAUUUGUGCAUUCCAAGUUGUGUCUUUAUGAUGUUCUCACAGUUGGAUUUUUGUGUCAAUUAUCUGUCUUUACUAGGCUGACAUCCCUGUUCUUGGGAUUCAGCAGAGACAAGAUGUCUACAUUUGCACAUUCACAUUCAUGAGCAUUCCCUCACAUCUUCCUCCAGCAGGCUCCAGGUGUCUCAGGCAGAGAGGACCAAUCCUCAGUGCACCACUCUGCAUGUAGAUUAUGUUUUCUAGAUGUAUGAAUGUGAAGUUUCUGUUAGCUACUAAGAUAUUGUCUGCACAAAGCAGGAUAUUGCUGGUACUGCCUGACAGACCACUUUAAGGUGAAUUUAUAAAGGCUACGUGAUUGUGUUUCACAAGGUAACAAGUGUGUGAAAGUACAUAUUGUUGGUGUACAAACUGUUUUUAUUGGAGUAUGCAUAGUUUAUUGUUUUGCUCCAGCAAAAUUUUAUAAUAUAUAGGAAUAAUGAAAUAAUUUUGAGGAACUAGUUCUAAGUUUGUGCUCCCAAAAUUAACGCCUUGCACCUUUGCCCAGGUGGAGAAGUCCACAAGAUUUAAGCAUGUAAUAUACACAGUGAGUGGGGAGACUGAAUUUUGCUCACUGUGUGACUCCCAGGUCGUCCUUAUCAGUAGCAGCCAAAAUUGCCUUUCUGUUUAGUUUGUAAUAAUUUACUGAUAUUGCAGCACCAAGGAUGACAUGCCAACCUCCAAUAGUUGUUUUUUAUGUGCUGUCAUCCAGUUUUUCCAUUUCAUAAUAAGAAACCAAAUCUGUGAACCUUGAAUUGGUAAUCAAGAAAUCUUUUUUUGUUUACUAAAGAAGCUUGCCUUUGUGACUGAGCAUGAAACACCUUAUUGUAGAAUUCUUUCUUUUCUUUGCACCACAAGUAUUAAUCUUUCCAUAUUAGUUAUUGAAAAGCAUUGUAUUCACCCCAGAGAUUGCAGAGAUCUCACAUGGAAGACUUGCAUAGAUAAUUGAAUAAAGUUAGUGCAUAAGCAGUGAAUGAUGGUGCAUGGGCAUUUGGAAAUGGAUUACUGUGUUAGAUGUUGGCAGUUGUAUGAAGUCAGUUCCAAAGCAUUCCCUGGCUUCCAAUAUUUAGUUAAGAUGUUGACUGAUAAGGCAUUGUCAUUGUGAACAAAGUACUAUUUGUGUGUUGAGAAUAUGGAUUAUCUUCUUUGUAAUAACUAUUUAGUCAGUACCACAUCUUAAGUCCAGGGAUGUGGAAUAAAGUGAAAACAUAGUAGUAGCAAUAGUAUUAGUAGAGUGCUGUAGCUUUAAGAAGUUUCUGGCAUAUGUAUAUUUUCAUUCACAACCAUUGAUGCAUUUAUUUGACCAACAGGCAGAAGUACAGGGUCAGCCAGAGAGUGUGUGUGAGAUCUGAGUUGAUGUGAUACAAUAGUGACAAUGUAGCUCUGUGGCCUUGCUGUGUAGAUUAAGGAGAGCCAAUGCCACUGCCACAGCCACCACCACUAACCUCAGCCUCCAACCACCAUCACUCUAGCACCCUCAUCCUCCCCCACUGCCCUCACUCCUUAAUACAACCACAGUCUCCACACAUGGAGUUAAAUAUUUUAUGCAUCAUCUUGUUUAAUAUUCUUACUUUUCCUUACAGGGUUGGACAGGUUAUGAGUCUUAAAUCUCUCUUAUGCCUUCUGUAUGAUAUUCUGUAUAUCUCUAAUGGCUUAUAUUCGGAAUAAGAUGUGGCAUAACAAAUGUAGCAAAGUACCAUAUUAUUAAUGGAAAAGACUUUCCAUCUAUCUAUAUACCAAACCAGCAAUCCCACAUGGGUGGCCCAGAUAAAGUACCAUAUGCUCAUAAACACAUGAUUCACACUCUUAGCCCUGUUGACUCCUGGUGGAAAGGGUCAGUCUGAUGGACUACCUUACUGCCUCCCAUGAUGCUUAGGCAUAGCACAGGUGGCCACAUGCAUGUACAUGCAUAGCAAGGCCUGACAGCUUAUUUGUAUGGAACACCAUUCUCUUCAAUAGAAUAUUCAAAAGGCAUUGUUUUCCCCUGGGGAUUUCCUCAACAAACUGGUUACAUCAGCAUAAUCGCCAUCCUUUCUGUUCUGGCAUUUCCUCACUGCAUGGUUUAACCUUUGGAUGUCAACUUCCCUCUAAUACUAUUCCAUUAUGUCACACUUUGUCCUCAGUCUCACACUCUUGCUGUGUGAUCCCCAUCUCCACAUUGGUGAAAAUUAUACAUAUUUUUCAUGUAAUGCUUUGCUAUUCUUACAGCACUCGUAAUAAGUUCUUAAAAUACCUGAAAAGGGAUCAAUCAAAGAACCUAUUUUAAAUCUGCUAAUCAGUUCUAGAUAGUUGAAGAUGAAAAUGUAUUAAAUGCAUUAGGUAAAGAUUAUUCUAUUUAGUAACCACAUUGCUGCUUUAGCUAGAAUAUUGUAAAUUGUAGGUUUCCAAGUACUUGAUACAUGUUUUAUUUAAUCAAAUUGGACGAACCAUCCUGUUGCAUGUUUACUGGUGGUGUGUCACUCAACCUCUUGUCCUCAGCAACCAGCUCGUGUCUUUCACUGUUUGCACUCUUGCAGCUGCCCUAUGACUAAACUGUCCACAUGCCAAGGUAUGGCACUGCUAGUGGUAGUCUGCUGGGGCCUGGGUGUGGUGGUGGUGGCCUCUCCCUGGUGAAACAAAGCUCUGUACAGAUGCCAGCAUGUGAAUAAUUGUGAUGAUUGUAAGAUAGUAAAAUAAGUUGUAUCUGAAAUUUUUAACAAAGUUGAUUUUUCAGAUAUUUUGUAGAAUGUUAGAUUUAAGUGAUGCAUUGCACAGUUCUUUUCUUUACUAUACUCUUUAUACUGCAGGCAGCUGCAUUUGUUAUGUAUUACAUUCUUCUAAUGAUAGUCUAGAGUCCCAUCUAAUGCAAGGGAGCAUUUUUUGUAAAAUCAAAACAUGCAUUGGAAGGGACACAGCUGGUAAUUACAAACCCAAACACUUGCACAUUCCAUGACUUAGGUUUGCCUAGAGCAUCAAUACACAACUGAGGGAUGUACUUUUCUAAAUUAACCUUCCUCCCUCAUGUUUAUUUCCUCACUUGCCUCGUCAGGUUGUCAGGAUUAGUGAAUUAUUCCUAACAUGUAAUUCGAGGAAUAUAAUUUUUUUUUUUAUAUAUAUAUACUUCUUGUAUAUUUUUUCGUAUAGGAUAAGAGUGUAUGUUGCAUUAUGGCAGCUGUAAUGGCGACCUGUGGUGUUGGAAGAAAAAUAUGUAAGAAGGAAGAAUUUCUUUUUCCUUUCCAGUGUAAAGGUUUGUACAGCAAAGGCCAUUCAUGAUCCUUUUGGUGAUGCUGGCCAAGAUAGAAAAAAACAAUAGUUUUGCUGAGUAGGAUCAUUUAGUGCUAUGAGUGUUGAAAGGGAACACAUGGAACCAAAAUUUUGGCCACAUAAAUAAAAAAGUAAAUAAAAUAAAAGAAAAUAAAUGGCAGGAAAUAAAAGGAAGUAAGAAAAUGUGUUUUCCUUCCAUAAGAAAAUGAAAAUAGAAAUUAUCUCCUUAACAAAAUUUUGACCAAGGAAUGAAAAAUUUGGCCCAAAGGUAAAAAAUUAGAGAAAAAAAUGAAAAACUGAAAAGUAAUAGAAAAAAAAAUGGCGUCUUUCAGAUCGCAAUACAUUUCCUUUUGGCCCACAUUCCAAAGGCAGUGGCUCCUAACUUCUAUCCGGGGUUGCUUUCUAAGGAAUGUACAUGUAAAAGUUUCAAUGAAAGUAUAAUAAUUUGCAAAAAAGAUGAGGAGAACUAUGCUGCCUGUAGUCAGAAGGAGAUCGGCACCCAUGAACUUGCUCUCGUCACUCUCCAGCCAUCCUCAAAACUACCGCUUCAUGUUAUCCAGCGAACUCCAUGUAAACUGAUCAGAGCCUCUCUAACAUAAAAUAAAUAAAUAAUCUGCCUUC